AUGACCAAGACGCGAUCGACCUCGACUAACGCAGCGGACGACGACGGCCGCGACGCGAUGCCAAUCUUCACGCCGUAUGAGAAGACCGUCCGUAACCGUGCCAAGGGCGGUGCCGAGGACAAAAUCGUCCCCAUUAGGACGACUUUCGACGAGGGGAUCUUCACCGAGAUUGACACGAUCAUCUCCAGUGUCAAGAACAACAACGUUCUUGAUGGGGAUGAUGAAAUGCGUGAAAUGCUGCGCAUGGAUCUAUCUGAAAGCGAUGUGAGUGAGCGAAUUAUACAGUAUUUCAAGCGCUGCCACGACAUCAUCGAUGACCAUGGCGGGCAGCAAUUCUUUAGUGGGGACGAUGGUAAACAACAGCUGUGCCGUGUCCUCAUUGCCUCGUUAGAGCCUCGAGCUCUGUGA